AUGUCCGCGGCGUCUCUGCCGGCGAAGCUGGAGGGCUUCGUGCGCAGCGAGUUCGAAGACACAUGCCGCCGUCGAUUCUUCUACGGCCUCGCCUUUGACCCCUAUGGCGGAACGGCUGGUCUCUACGACCUCGGCCCCACCAUGUGCGCUAUGAAGAGCAACAUGCUUCAUUUUUGGCGUCAGCACUUUGUGCUCGAGGAGAGCAUGUGUGAGGUGGACACGACCUGCCUUACGCCGGAGGAAGUGUUCAAGGCAUCCGGUCACGUCACACGCUUCAACGACGUCAUGGUGCGCGACACCGUCACAGGUGAGUGCAUCCGCGCUGACAAGUUUCUUGAAGAGUGGAGCGAGGCGCAGAUCGCGAAGGACGGCAUAACGGCAGAGCAGAAGGACGAGUUUCUGCACCUGCUGCACGACGCCGCCGGCAUGAACCCAGCCCAGAUCAAAGCCGUCGUGGAGAGGCACGCCAUCAAGUCGCCCAAGGGAAACACCUUCAGCGAUCCUUUCCCCUUCAACCUCAUGUUCGCCACUCACAUCGGACCUGAGGGGGACCGCCUCGGCUACAUGCGCCCCGAGCUGGCUCAGGGUAUCAUCCUAAAUUUCAAGCGCCUGAUGGACUCGGGCAAUGCCCAGCGCAUGCCGUUCGCCGGUGCGUGCAUUGGAACUGCCUUCCGUAACGAGAUCGCGCCGCGUUCGGCGCUUAUUCGUGUUCGCGAGUUCACGCUGGCGGAGAUCGAGCACUUUGUCAACCCGAACAACAAGACGCACGAGAAGUUCAACAGCGUCCGCGAUGUCGAGAUCUGGGCGUGGCCGCGCAACCUCCAGGCAAACAACGAGGACCCCAUCCGCAUGAAGAUCGGUGAGGCCGUCGACGCAAAAGUGAUCGACAACCAGACUCUCGGUUACUUCAUAGGACGCGUCGCGCUCUUCCUCGAGUCUGUCGGCGUCCGCUUCUAUCGCUUCCGUCAGCACCAGUCAACGGAGAUGGCACACUACGCCCAGGAUUGCUGGGACGCGGAGCUUCUCACCUCAUACGGCUGGAUCGAGUGCGUCGGCAUUGCGGACCGCUCCGCGUAUGAUUUGACGCAGCACAGCAACGCGUCGAAGAAGGACCUGUGUGCGCGUGAGGAGUACGACGAGCCGCGCAUAGAGCGCCAGCUUCUGCGCCAGCUGACGAAGGGCCUAAUCGGCAAGACGUUCGGCAAAAGGGCUGGCGAGGUUAUGGAGUACCUCAACACCGCCCCAGCGGAAGCGUGCGAGGCUGUCCGCGCCGCCCACGCGGCUGGUCAGCCGGCCACUAUCACUCUUCCCUCUGGCGAAGAGGUCUCAAUCACGGCGCAGAUGGUAUCGUUCGAGGAGAAGGAUGUGAGGGUGACGGGCUACAGCUACACCCCGAGCGUGAUCGAGCCGUCCUUUGGCAUCGGCCGCAUCCUGUACUGCUUACUGGAGCAGAGCUACUGGGUGCGCCGUGACGAUGGUGGUAAGAACGACAAGCGCGCUGUCUUCAGUUUUAGCCCGCUGCUGGCGCCGCAGAAGGUGGCCCUGCUACCGCUCAUGGUGAAGCCGGAGCUGCUUGCCAUCAUCUCGGAGAUUCGCCAGGAGCUCGUCAUGCGAGGCAUCUCCGUCCGCGUCGAUGACAGCAGUGUUACGAUCGGCAAGAAGUAUGCCCGCGUGGAUGAGCUCGGCAUCCCGUUUGCCAUUACAUGCGACUUCGAGGGGGACGGUAGCGUGACGCUGCGCGAACGCGACACGGCUUCGCAGGUGCGUGUACCCCGGUCGGAGGUGACGUCGGUUGUGAUGGAGCUGUGCAACCCUCUCCAGCCCAUCACAUGGGAGUGCGUGAAGGCCAAGUACCCCGCUCAGACUGCCACAGUGGAGAAGUAG